AUGCAAAUAAAAGUAUUACUAUUUGCAAUUAUUUUCUCUUAUGUCCUUUCAAGAAGAAUUAAAUAAAAGAAAUCUAACUUAAUACAUAUAUCUUUGAUCUAAAAAGGUUAAAGAGUGUAAGAGACUAUUAAAUCAACUCUAGACUCAGAUAUCAAAAUAUCCUUUGAGUUGAGUCGUGAAGUAAAAGAAUAAAUAAACAAUUAAAAUUUACUUAUAGAUCAUUUAGAUAGACUAUAAUAUGCAUAUUAGAUUGUUUAUAUUCCAUUAAGGUAUAAAAUAUUGAAUAUCUUAUAGAAAUUAAUAUAAUGCUCAAUAUUUUGGUAAAAUAUAAUUAGGUUAAUAAGAAUAAACUUUUGAAUUAUUAUUUGAUACUGGUUCAUCAUAUACGUAAAUAAAAGAUAUAAUAUUAAGUUGGGUAGCUUCAAAUGAUUGCAAUACUUGUUAAAAAGCUGGAGUGAAACACUUUUUUAAUUGUGAAACUUCAUAGAGUUGUAGUUAUCUUAAUAAGAAGAUUAAAUUAUAAUAUGGUACAGGAAAGGCUGUAGCAUAAUUUAUGGUUGAGAAUCUAAAAAUAGCAUCUUUGCUAAUUUAAAAUUAAACUAUGUUAUUAUUAGAUGAAUUAACAGAAUUAAAAAAGUUUGAAGGAGAUGGUUUAGCAGGACUUGGAUUUGAUACUUUGAGUGAUGGAUAUCCAACAAUAAUUGAUAAUCUAUUUAUUUAAGAUUUGAUUGAUAAAAAGGUUUUUUAAUAAUUAUAAUAUAAAUUAGGAAUUUUCUAUUUAUUUGACAGAACAUUAAAAUAGUGAAGAUAAAUAAUCUAAAUUAAUAAUAGGAGGUAAAUAAGAUAAUUUAGGAGAUUAUAAUAAUGAUUAAUGGCAUUAUUGUGAUGUGAUUAAUAAAAAUUAUUGGGCUAUUUUGGGUGAUUAUGUAUCAUUUGUAUCUAGAGAUGGUAAAAUAAGGAGAUCAUUAAAAUCUAUAAAACCUGUUCAUUAUGUUUAGGAUGAUAAGAGUGACAUAUUAUUUACAUCUCUUUUUGUUAUAGAUUCAGGAACAUCAUUAAUAGUAUUAUAUAAAAAGGAUCAUGAAAGAUUGAUUCAAUAUUUGAAAGAUUUUGGAAUUGAAUGUUUUGAUAGUGAAUAAUAUUAAGGAAUAAAUGAAUGUGAUUAAUCUAAUAUUGAUGAUUAUCCAAAUUUUGAAAGUUUUAAUUUAAUGAUUAUUUUUUAUUAGUUUCAUUAUGUGGUAAAUAAUUCAUAAUUCCACCUGAGAAGUAUCUUUUAUGUUCAUUUUUCUAAUGUUAUUUAAUGAUUGCACCUUUUGAUUAAAGAGUGUCAAUUUUAGGAGAUCUAUUCAUAAGAGAAUACUAUACUCAUUUUAUAUAAGAAGUAUAUUAAUUAAUAAUAAAAAUAAUUAGACACCAAGAAAGAUUGGUUUUAUUAAAGCUAUUUAAGAUUGA